GCGGGAAUGGCGGCUUCCACCGUGCGGAUUUCGGGUCUCUGAGGCCGCCCGAGCGCACGGUGGCGGCGCAGGCGUCCCGGAUCCUGGGACCAGCGGGCCCAGAGAGACGGGCUCCGUGCGAGGAACCUCAGAGCCUGUGAUGGAGGACGCCAGCGAGGACGCUUCCAUCCACCGAUUAGAAGGCACUGAUGCGGACUCUCAGGUUGGCGGCCUUAUCUGCAAGACCAAGAGUGCAGCUAGUGAGCAGCAUGUCUUCAAGGCCCCUGCUCCCCGCCCCUCACUGCUGGGCCUGGACUUGCUGGCCACCCUGAAACGGAGGGAGCGAGAGGAGAAGGAUGAUGGAGAGGACAAGAAGAAGUCCAGAAUCUCUUCUUACAAGGACUGGGAAGAGGGCAAGGACGACCAGAGGGAUUCGGAAGAGGAGGACAGUGACCAGUCCGACCGAAGUAGUCGGAAAGACCGACAUUAUCGCUCUGCCCGAGUAGAGACACCAUCCCAUCCUGGUGGUGUGAGCGAAGAGUUCUGGGAACGCAGUCGGCAGAGAGAGCGGGAGCGGCGGGAGCACGGUGUCUACGCCUCAUCCAAAGAGGAGAAGGACCGGAAGAAAGAGAAACCACGGGACCGAGACUACGACCGGAAGAGAGAGAGAGAUGAGCGGGACAGAAGUCGGCACAGCAGCAGAUCGGAGCGAGAUGGAGGCUCCGAGCGCAGCAGCAGACGGAAUGAACCUGAGAGCCCCCGCCAUCGACCCAAAGAUGCUGCCACUCCAUCAAGGUCCACCUGGGAGGAAGAGGACAGUGGCUACGGCAGCUCGAGGCGCUCGCAGUGGGAGUCACCCUCCCCAUCGCCUUCCUGUCGGGACUCUGAGAGGAGCCACCGGCCUUCCACUCGAGAGCGAGAUAGGUCUGUGAGGAGUAAGUACUCUGAUGACACACCUCUGCCAACCCCGUCUUACAAAUUCAACGAGUGGGCCGAUGACAGAAGACACCUGGGGUCCACGCCGCGGCUGUCCAGGGGCCGAGGAAGGCGUGAGGUUGGUGAGGAAGGAAUUUCGUUUGACACAGAAGAGGAGCGGCAGCAGUGGGAGGAUGACCAGAGGCAAGCUGACCGGGACUGGUACAUGAUGGAUGAGGGCUACGAUGAGUUCCACAAUCCCCUGGCCUACUCAUCCGAGGACUACGUGAGGCGGCGGGAACAGCAUCUGCACAAGCAGAAGCAGAAGCGCAUUUCGGCCCAGCGGAGGCAGAUCAAUGAGGACAACGAACGCUGGGAAACUAACCGGAUGCUCACCAGUGGAGUGGUCCAUCGACUGGAGGUAGAUGAAGACUUCGAGGAGGACAAUGCAGCCAAGGUGCAUCUGAUGGUGCAUAACCUGGUGCCUCCCUUCCUGGACGGCCGCAUUGUCUUCACCAAGCAGGUGGGUUAUGCCAUCCGCUUUGAAGACUGCACUUCGGAAAACACCUUGAUCAAGUACAUGACGGAUGGGAUUCUGCUGCGCGAGUCCCUUCGGGAAGCUGACCUUGAUCACUACAGUGCCAUCAUCAUGGACGAGGCCCAUGAGCGCUCCCUUAACACCGAUGUGCUGUUUGGCCUGCUCCGAGAGGUGGUGGCUCGGCGCUCAGACCUGAAGCUCAUCGUCACCUCAGCCACGAUGGACGCAGAAAAGUUUGCCUCCUUUUUCGGGAACGUUCCCAUCUUCCACAUCCCUGGCCGCACCUUCCCUGUGGACAUCCUCUUCAGCAAGACUCCGCAGGAGGAUUAUGUGGAGGCUGCAGUGAAACAGUCCUUGCAAGUACACCUGUCGGGGGCCCCUGGGGACAUCCUCAUCUUCAUGCCCGGCCAGGAGGACAUCGAGGUGACCUCUGACCAGAUUGUGGAACAUCUGGAGGAACUGGAGAACGCGCCUGCCUUGGCCGUGCUUCCCAUCUACUCCCAGCUGCCUUCUGACCUCCAGGCCAAAAUCUUUCAGAAGGCCCCGGAUGGUGUUCGGAAGUGUAUCGUUGCCACCAACAUUGCUGAGACCUCCCUGACAGUUGAUGGCAUCAUGUUUGUUAUUGAUUCUGGUUAUUGCAAAUUAAAGGUCUUCAACCCCCGGAUUGGCAUGGAUGCUCUGCAGAUCUACCCCAUCAGCCAGGCCAAUGCUAACCAGAGGUCGGGACGAGCCGGCAGGACGGGCCCAGGUCAGUGUUUCAGAGAUGAAGCAGGCAUGGAGGAGUACAUGCAGUGUGUGACCGCCGUGGAUGGGGAGUGGCUGGCGGAGCUGGGCCCAAUGUUCUACAGUGUGAAGCAGGCUGGGAAGUCACGGCAGGAGAACCGCCGUCGGGCCAAAGAGGAAGCUUCUGCCAUGGAGGAGGAGAUGGCGCUGGCUGAGGAACAGCUGCGAGCCCGGCGACAGGAACAGGAAAAGCGCAGCCCCCUGGGCAGUGUCAGGUCUACAAAGAUCUACACUCCAGGGCGGAAAGAGCAAGGGGAGCCCAUGACCCCUCGCCGCACCCCAGCCCGCUUUGGGCUCUGAGCUGAGCUGACCCUGGGAGAGGAUGCGACCGGGCACCGCCCUGAGCCUGCAGACAGCCCUCAUCUGCACUUUCAUCAGUGGACAUCUGCGCGUGGUCCUUGGGAAGUUCCUGCGGAGGCCAAGCUCUGCUGCCAGCCAGUCAGAGCAGUUCCUCAGGGCAGGAGCCUGUGAGGGGCUGUGGCUGCCGCUGAGCUGAGCAAGAGGGGACGAGGGAGGCCAGAGCCACCAUCUCCAGUAAACCAUCUCGGGAUGCUUGUGUCUAAGUGACUGGCCUGACCAUUUCUUUUCUAAUCCUUGUGUAAAGCAGCAAAAUAGACCCAGAGGGCACUGUAAUUUGGGUAUCAUUCAGGAUUUGGAGAUAAAUUUAUUGUUUGUAAAA